GAAUUAUCCAUUAAAAGUCACGUGAUCGCAAAAUGGUGGAUGAACUUUCAGUUCCGUUAUCAUAAUGACAGUUUGAACGUAGUAACGUUUUCCUGUUGCUGUAGUCUUUGGAGUAUAUUUUAUAGUUUAAGGAGACUUAAAAGGAUGAAGUGAAACAGGAAAAAAAAUGAAAUCCAUAGAGGCGAAAGUUGUCGUUCUAGGCUCUCAAGCUGUGGGUAAGACUAGUGUCGUCAUUCGUUAUGUUGGAGGAAUGUUCAGCAAGGCUGUCAGUCCUACUAUCGGAGCUUCUUUUUUUACUUACAAACUAACACUGAACAACUACAGGAUGAAAUUGCAAGUAUGGGAUACUGCUGGACAAGAGAGAUUUAGAUCAAUGGCUCCCAUGUACUACAGGAAGGCCAAUGCAGCCAUGUUGAUUUAUGAUAUUACGUCUGAGGACAGCUUUUACGAUAUCAAAGACUGGGUCAGCGAAUUGAAAAAGAAUGUUGAUACACCAAUAGUGAUGUGUCUUGUGGGAAAUAAGAGUGACCUUGAAGAGAGUAGACAAGUCAAUGUCAAAGAAGCUCAAGAAUAUGCAGACUCCAUUGGAGCUCUGUUCCAUGAGACGUCAGCACUCAAAAACAUAGGAAUUGAGGAAGCCUUUCUACAGGUGGCCCAGCAGCUGGUUAAGUUAUACGAGACUUCACCAAACUGUGGAUUGUAUUCCAUAGACCUGGAUCAGUCCUCAUCCUCACAAAAUCCGGACGAUACAACAAACAGCUUCAGGCUGCCUCCAGAUCAGUCCACUGCUAACACACCUAACUCCAAGUGUGCCUGCUAGCGAAUGUUCAUCUCUAGUGUUAGACAACGUGACUCGUACUGAACACAACUUUUACUGAGCAAAUCAACAUAUCAUUUAUUUAUUUUAUUUUGUAUCUUUCAGUUUCUCCAGUUAGAAGUAUAUCCCAUGUAUUGGUGAUUUAUGCGUAUUACACACGAUUACAUGGUCUGUAGCAGUUGUAUGUACUCAGACGAGUGUAUUUCUCAGUACACAUGUGAUAAACUGUUUUUUUAUAUCCAAUGUAAACGAGGAAUAAAUUACAUCGUAAAUUUAG